AUGGCGGGCGGGAGCAAGAGCAAGGUGCGGGAGUGGAUGCGGAGGCGGAUGGCGCCGAGGAGGAAGCAGGCGGCCGCGACCGGGAGCAGCGGUGACAACAACAGCGGCAGCAGCGAGUCGGCGUCGGCGCAGUCGUCGCCGAGGCGGAAGCUGCUGGCGGCCGCGGUCCCGUCGGCGCUGCGGUGGAGGAACGUGCUGGCGGCGCUGUUUCAGCGCGCGGCGUACCACCUGCUGUGGCUGGUGGAGUCCGUGGUGGUGGUGGCGCAGCUCUGCCUCUUCUUCGUGCGCUUCGGCUUCAGGCUCUGA